AUGAGCAACUUGUACCCCUGGGGAAGCGGAGAAUACCCGUCGAACGUUUCGUCGGACGAGAACGCUGGUGAUCAUGACAACAUCCACGAACUGCGUCAGAAUGGGGCCUAUCAAGCAAACCCCUCAGUGUCGGAAGUGGACCAGCGCAAUGGCCAAGAAUACCUAGAGAAUCAAACUCAUCAACACUCAGACCCUGUAGUGGAUCGGGAACACCAACAGACGGAUCGAUACGAUCAUGCACCGCAUUCUCCGUCGAAUUAUAGUCCACAACUCGGGUCCAGCUUAAGCAACACUGCCGUUUUUGACAACCCACUCCAACAGGGAGCCCAAUGCGUCAACCACGGUACACAUUGCCACUGCCAUGGGCAGUGGUCUUGUCCAGACAACCUUCCCGAGGUCAUUCCUACCUUUGCUAGCGACUCUGGCGAUGUCGCGUUCGGCCACCCAUGGAGCUAUAGCGAACAGCGUCAUGAUGGCGUACGACCAUUCAUGCCGAGCCCAAAUCUCGAUGGAUAUUACACACAGCAGUCUCAUCAGCAUGAUAGCCUGGGGGACAACCUAGAUGCCGAUUGGGUUGGGGAUUUUGGUCUAGACACCGAUCUGAAUCUAGAUAACGUUCAUGGCAUGGACUUUGAUGCUCAUUCCAUGCCCGGAGGACAGGUUGAAUACAAAGAAGACGGUCCGUGGUCCCCGGAAAAGCAGCUCAGUGACCAGUUCGGACUCACAGCCGCGCAAUUGAGCCUACCGAAGGACAUGGUUGGAGCAUCUGAGACGAGCCAUGCCAGCCAAAACAGUGACUGUAUCUCAAACUCGGCUUCUUCAAAUACAGGCUCGACCGGUGGUGCUGAGGACUUUACCUGGGGAGGGGCUAGUGUAGCGACUCUGCGCCCUGAUUGUAACCAACCUGGCAGUUUGUUAGAUCGUGCAAGCUUCGCGUCCAACCUGCUCGACAAUAAUCGCCAAGGGCAAAGGCAUGGCUCUUUCAUGCAGCCUACGAACUCAGCAUUCGGACAACAGGGCGUUCUGAUGCAACCACUUCCAGAUCGAACCGCGGUGCAAGAAGGUUCUCGUAAGACCUCAUACCACUUCAACAGCCAUCUUCAUGUUCCCGUAGCUGAGUCGCAUAGCUCCAGACCGUCUUCCCCCGCGGCCUCCACAACAUCGGAUGUGCUUGGCUGUCCUGACUGCCCUGCAAAGUUUUCAGGCAUCUACCGUCAAGGCAAUUACGGGCGACACAAGAGACAGAAACAUCGUGGCCCACCAGUCCUGUUUAGUUGCGCGAAUAGCGGCUGCGACAAGACUUUCCAGAGGGCCGAUGCUAGGGUCAAGCACUACCGACGCCACCACCCAGAACUCCUCCAGGGUUGCCACUGA